AAGCAGAGGCUGAAGAUACAAAGAAGACAGAGACAGAGACGCAAUGAUGAAGAGCUUCCAGUCGAAACUGCUCUUGGUCAGCUUGGUUCUAAUGACCAUUGUCUGCCUGAGCGAGUGUCGCUCCCUGCUGACGGUUGAUCAACAGCACACCUCCCUCACAGCCGAAAAUGAUAUGGAUGCAGACAGCGUGGACACAGUGCUGCUGAGGCAGAAGAGGAUGUCACACCUUUCCGUCUGCGUCUACUGCUGUAACUGCUGUAAAACGAGGAGAACAAAGAAAACCUGCGGUGUUUGCUGCCGACUGUAGUCACAGCCCUGGGGGAUGCCCAGGCCACUAACUGCAACCUUGGCCAUCCUUAUUUAUAGUUUUCCAGCUGCUGAACAUUGCACACCCACCUCGGCUGCUGAGGGUAAAGGGUCCACGUUGUGCACAGAACAGUCCACAUAGUCCUUUCCUCCGAGUAAUGGCUCCACACCAGCCUCCUCUCCAACACCCUUAUCUCUGUCUUUGUUUUAUUUAGAGAUGCAGUAUGGUAACAGGCUCUCCUAGCCCAAUGAGCCCACUGCCCAAUUACACCCAUGUGACCUACUAACUCACACAUUUUUGGCUUGUGGGAGGAAACCGGAGCACCUGGAGGAAACCCACACAGUUAGUCACGAGGAGAACAUACAAACUCCUUAAAGACAGUGGCAGGAAUUGAACCCUGAUUGCUGGCACUGUAAUAGCGUUAUGCUAACAGCUACUCCCCCAUGCUCUCCAACAUCCCUGGAAACACUUUUGGAGAAGGGGCUGCAGCAAUCUGACCCACACCAGCGAUCAGGCAGCUGGCAGUUUGCACUGCCUACAAGUGGCUGUGUACACCAGUGACACGCCAGCAAUGCCUUGACCAAACACGUAUGUAUACAUGAACAUCAAGACCCUUGUCUGGCUGUGUAUGCAGUCAUCGUGUGUCUGUGAUUGCAUGCAUCACUUGCAUCUACACACACUCAGGAUUCUGUAUGGAUGUAAUCUAAGACUAAUGUCACUAAAACAAAUGUCGGCUGAGUUCCAGAUCACUCUCUGCCCACAGUUUGAUUCAUACCAUGUCAUUAAACCUAUAUCAGAAAGUUGCACCAGUUUUCUCCAGGGACAAUAUGUAAAUAUUGUGUUUUUUAAAUGUAUAUAAAUAAAACCCACUUUCAUCUUUACAAUGUCUCUGACUCUGUCCUUAAUCCUGCACUGGGAAGUGAAUUCAGAAACCAGAGAUGCAAAGGGAUCUUGUGCAGGAUUCUCUCAAGGUUAACUUGCAGGUUUAGUCAGUGGUGAGGAAGGCAAAUGCAAUGGUCAGACCAGCUUAGAGUGCUGCGAGCAGUUUUGAGCCCCUUAUUUCAGAAAAGAUCUGUUGACAUUGGAGAAGGUCCAAUGAGCCCAAGAUUGAAAGGGUUAAUGUAUGAGGAGCACUUGAUGGUAGUGGGUACUCAAUGGAGUUUAGGAGAAUGAGAGGGGAUCUUAUUGAAACAUUGAAUAUUGAAAAUCCUGGAUAGAGUGGACGGAGAGGGUAUUCCCUGUAAUGUAACGCAGUCUCAGAGUAGAGGAACGUCCCUUUAGACCAAAGAUGAGGAAGAAUUUCUUUAGCCAGAGGGUGGUGAAUCUGUUGAAUUCAUAGACACAAAUGGCUGUGGAGGCCAAGUCAUUAGGUAGAUUAUAAAAUGGAGUUUGAUAGGUUCUUGAUAGGGUCAAAGGUUACACGAAAAGGCAGGAGAAUGGGGUUAAGGAGGAAAAUAAAUCAGUCAUGAUGGAAUGGCAGAAUAGACUCAAUGGGCCAAAUGGCCUGAUUCUGUUCCUGUAUCUUGUCCUCUACCCCAUUCUUUAGAAGUUCUUAACACAAGAGAUUCUGCAGAUGCUGGAAAUCCAGACCAACUCACACAAAAUGCAGGAGGAGCUCAGCAGGUCAGGCACAGUUGAUGGCGUAAACAGUUUUGGGCUGAGACCCUUCCCAGUACUGAUUAGGAAUGAAUACUGUGUUCCUCAAAUGCUUUGUGUGCAUU